AUCGACUCCGUACGUGUAUAGGUAGUCGCAGUGCAGGAAUUGAAUCAAACUGUCAAUUCUUUGCUCCGAUCGACUCUGCUGACAGCUCCCGUUUGAUUACUCAAACGCAACCUAUAAUACAGUGUAGUUUUUAAUUAUUGCUUAUAAUUAUCUCAAUGGUUCAACUUCAGUCCUAAUUUUGUACACGUUUUUGAUGAGAUGGAAUUUUGAAGUCUUACAAGUUAGAGUGCUUAAUGACAGCUAUCAUGCAGAGCCAAAUACCUUUACCUCUUGGUGUUUCCAAAACUGAUGAAGUAGAGGACCGCAGGUUAUGGGUGGGUAAUUUAGAUGUCAGAAUGAACGAGUUUCAAUUCCUGAAACUAAUACAAAAAUAUGGCAACAUCGAGAAGUUUGAUUUUCUCUUCCACAAAGUUGGACCUCAGGCAGGUCAACCAAGAGGAUAUGCUUUUGUUACAUACAAAACAUGUCAAGAAGCUGAAACUGCCAUGAAUGCCUUACAAAAUCUCAAGAUAGGAUCAAAGUAUAUCAGAGUGAGAUAUGCUCACAGUAUUAAAGAGAGUGAAAUGGACCGACCAAAACCUCAACUAGAAGUUAUUCCAGCUUUGACGGGUGCUAAGCUAGAAGAUAAAAAAUUAAGUCGAGAUACAGCCAUACAAGCCAUUGAAGCAAAAUUGAAAAUGAUGGAAGAAUCUGAAGAAGAAUUUAAUUUGAACAAACCAUUGACUGGAACUCCUGUUAUUCAGCAGUACCAAAAAGCCGAUAAUAGCAAACCAUCUACCUCUAUGCGUCAUCAUAGCAGGGACAAUUAUCAUAAUAGGAAACCAUACUCACGUGGAAGAAGCAGAAGAUGAAUAGGACAAGUUUUUACAAGCUGUGUAAAAUAAUAGUGAUAUAACGAUAAUGCUCAUUGUUAUACUUACUAUUUAUGCUUUGUUUUGAUUUUGCAAAACUUAUACUAAUGACUGCCAAUGUAUUAUAUAAACUUAUUAUUAGUAUUAAAAUGUAAAUAUACAAUAUUGUUUUCAAUAACACUACUUGUGUUAUUGUAUAAACGAUUGUGUGCUGUGUAAAUCUUUUAACUGUUGAAAAAACUUAUAUUUAUAA